UUCUGAACGCAACAAGCUUGCUGUCCUCCAUGCAUCCUUUCCUGUCGGUGGGUCUGUGUACCUGCUGACUACUGAACAGAGCUAGCAGCCUUACCUUUAGACUAGAGACACUUCUUUCCUGAAAUUAUAACAUGAACCAACGUCCGAAAAAAAUGAUAUCAACUUGUUUUCAACCCGAUAUGUGAGCCCAAUCGAGGAAGUGAUGGGGACCUUCUUUUGGGUUGUACCGUCGUAGCUGUUACGGCGUUUUGUUGGGUCCAUUUUGCGUGUAAUUGGAAGUGGAAAAGACAAAGAAAAGAGCUUUCCAAUAGCUAGAAUGGUUUGGGCCUAAAAAGAAGACAAGAGCAACAUGAACCGUGAGGACCGGAAUGUGCUCCGAAUGAAAGAAAGAGAAAGGAGAAAUCAAGAAAUCCAGCAGGGAGGAGGAGAAGCAUUUACAGCGAAUUCCCCCCUUUUCCCUGAACCUUACAAAGUGUCCAGCAAAGAAGAUAAACUCUCCAGCCGUAUUCAGAGCAUGCUGGGCAAUUACGACGAGAUGAAAGAACCAAUUGGUGAGGCACUUCCAAAGCUUAACACCAAACCCUCUAACAGCUCUUCUUCCGUCGAGGAGAAAUCGGGUGCGGCUUUGUUCGGCGAGAACCAGCGAGGAGGUGUCAGUGGUCAAAGCAGUAAGUGGACUCCCGUCGGCCCCCCAUCAGCUGGAGGCUCAUCUCAGUCUCAGAAACGCUCUGGACUGCAAGGGGGGCACAGUAGCCAGAGAGGCAGCGGCGGCAGUAGCAGCAGCAGCAGCGGCAGCCAAAGACACAGUGAAAAGAAGUCGAGUAAACACAGCGGCACUUCCGAGCACUCAAAGUCGCACACAUCGAGUCCAGCAAAGGGCUCUUUGAGUUCCUCCGGCGGCAACAGCCACUCACGGAGCUCCUUAGCCGCUGAGCAGCAUCACAGCAAGGACCGCUACCGCUCCAAGUCUCCACGAGACCGAGAGGCCAACUGGGACUCACCCUCGCGGGUUCACACUUCUUUCCCCGGCGGACAGCACUCAAGUCAGGCCUUCCCCCCAUCACUCAUGUCCAAACCGGGCUCCAUGCUCCAGAAGCCAACGGCCUAUGUGAGGCCUAUGGAUGGCCAGGAGACGGCAGAAGCUAAGAGCUCACAAGCAGAAAGCUACAGUGGACAGUCACACAGCAGCACUAUGGGGGAGAUGAAGUCCAAUGGCAAGGCCUCACUCAGCAAGCUCAAGAUCCCCUCGCAGCCUGUAGAGGGAUCUGGAGAUUCUAACUGCGUUGACGAGAUUUUAAAGGAAAUGACUCAGUCCUGGCCCCCUCCAUUGACAGCAAUCCACACCCCCUGCAAGACAGAGCCCUCCAAGUUUCCAUUCCCAACCAAGGAUUCUCACUCAUUCUCAAGUGGACAGAAGAGAGGCAGUUCUUCCAAGAGCUCAAGUAGCCAUCAGUCCAAAACUUGUGAUGACCAACCAACUAUGCUGGAAGAUGACCUCAAGCUCAGCAGCAGCGAGGAUAGUGAUGGAGAACAGGACUCUGCCAAGAAUACCUCAAGAAACACAUCAGCAAGCCAUAACAGUGAAGGAGCCGAGCAGUCAAGAGAUGACUCGAGCAGCCACAGUGGCUCAGAAAGCAGCUCAGGUUCAGACAGCGAGAGUGAGAGCAGCACGACGGACAGCGAGGCCAACGAGCCCCCACGUCCCGCUUCUCCUGAGCCCGAACAACCAAUGGCUAACAAGUGGCAGCUGGACAACUGGUUCAAGAAGGCAGCCCCGCCAUCGCCGUUGGAUAACAAUAAUGUUCAAACUAAGAGCAAAAAGGAGGGCAGAGACAACAGCUCAGGGCGCGGCUACAGCAGCCAGGGAGGUGGAUCGAAAGAUUCCUCAUCAACGGGCCCAAGUAGGGACCUUCGGGCAGCACAAAAGGGUGCAGAGAGUGGCCGUGGUAGGCAGAAAUCACCAGCUCAGAGUGAGAGCAGCACAGGGAACCGGAGGCCCGUGGGGAAGAAACAGCCUAAAAAGUCUGAAAAGCCCACUGUGUUGGAGGAGCCCAAAGGAGGGCUGAGGGUGGAAAGCGAGCCAGCACCUGAGAUCCCCCCUCAUCGACCCAAAGCGGCCACCAAGGGUUCUCGCAAGCCCAGCAUCAAAAAGGAACCCAAAUCCUCUCCCCGGCCCACUCCAGCUGUCCUUGCCGCUGCCGUAGACAAGCGCAAGGCCAAAACAAGUUCAAAAUCAACACGCGAGAAGUCUCGGGAGUUUGUUGACACGGACUCCUCGUCAUCUGACUCAGAGGGAAAUGACAGCAUCCCUUCAUCCUCACAGACGCCAAAGUACACAGAGAGCAUCAGGACGCCAGUGUGCGUGUUCUCCCCAAUGGAGGAAAAGGAGCUGCUGUCUCCGCUAAGUGACCCUGAGGAGCGCUAUACCUCCAGGCAACCACCACAGGUUUUAAUUGUCAAGAUAGAUCUCAGUUUGCUAUCGAGGAUCCCUGGACGCCCAUACAAAGAACCCGCAGAGAUAAAAGUGGAGCGGGAUGACUCCCAAGACAGAGACAGCAAAGACUUCAACAAGCAAAGCUCAGAGAAGAGCUCAAGCAAGGCCAAGAGGAAGCAUAAGAAUGACGAAGAAGGCACCAAACUGGACAGCAAGCGAAGCAAGCUGGAGGAAAAGUCUCAGUCUCAUAAAAGCAGCAGUAAAGAGUCAAAGAGGUCUUUGGAGAAGAAAGAGGAGCCCGUGCCCUCUCCGUCCAUUGUGGGCCUACAGCGAACGCCGAAAGCUGAACAUCCAAGUCGAAAGAGGACGGUCAGCCAGUCCUCCACGUCUCUGUCAAGUGGGGCUGGCAGUGGCAAGGAGGGCGGCCACAGCACUAAGAGCACCUCCAACUCCAAACACAGAAAAGGGGAAGACAAGGGACGCAGCACUCGGGAUGGCAAGGAGAAGUCCUCCAAGGGAUGUGAUAACCAGCUGGCCGUGCCCCCACUCUCUACUGAUGGUUCCAAGUUGCAAAGAUCCAAGCUGCCAUUUGAAGACAGGGCCCAUUCAGCAGAUCAUUACUUACAAGAAGCCAAGAAACUUAAACACAAUGCUGAUGCACUGCUAGACCGUUUUGAGAAGGCCAUUUACUACCUGGACGCUGUGGUAUCUUUCAUCGAGUGUGGCAACGCCCUCGAGAAGAGCGCCCAGGAAGCCAAGUCUCCUUUUCCCAUGUAUGCUGAAACUGUGGAGCUUAUCAAGUACACAAUGAAGUUAAAGAGCUACAUGGCCCCUGAUGCAACUUCAGCCGACAAGCGGGUAGCUGUUCUGUGCCUACGAUGUCAGUCUUUGCUCCACUUGCGGUUAUUCAAGUUGAGGAAAGACAGUGCUCUAAAAUACUCCAAAACACUUACAGAGCAAUUAAAGAACUCUCUGAGUAACACCCAGGCUCCCUCUCCUGGAAUGGGAAACAAGGCAGUGGGAAUGCCUUCGCCAGUGUCCCCCAAGCUGUCUCCAGGCACGGCAGGCGGUUACUCGUCGGUCAGCAGCAGCAGCAGCAACAGCACUGGCUCAUCUGUUACUAUACCUCAGCGCAUCCACCAGAUGGCUGCCAGCUAUGUGCAGGUCACCUCCAACUUCCUGUACGCCACUGAGGUGUGGGACCAGGCAGAGCAGCUGGCCAAGGAGCAGAAAGACUUCUUCCAGGAGUUGGACAAAGUGAUGGGUCCUCUCAUCUUCAACACCAGCAGCAUGACCGACCUGGUGCGUUACACUCGGCAGGGCCUGCACUGGCUGCGACUGGACGCCAAGCUUGUUCCCUAGAGAGGACUUGCGCUUUGUAUCCUCCCUUUCCCUGCACGCUGCUCUCCCACCCACACACAGCCACACCUCAGCGACAGACACACAGUCCACCUCUGAGCACACACAUGCACGUGAGGAUGAACAUCUCAAGCAUAUCGCCAAAUGUGUGUGCAUCUCUUUUUUUUUUUUCUAAUUAUCUGCGCCAGUUUGCCAAACACUCAGCAAAUUGAAACUAUCAUGGGGAGAAGCAACAUGUCACUUCACAUAUCCGCAUCUUUAGAAGGAGAUGAAACAUGACUUUUUCAAAAAAAUCUAUUUGGCCCUGAAGUGCUAGGUGAUUUAUUUAUUAUUUAUUCCAUGCGCUUGAGUUGGUAUUACGGGCUUUUUUUUUUUUUUUAAUGGUUUUAAUUUCACCCCCACCAAAGUACCUCCCACGAAACACCAAAGGUGCUUUAAAAAUUUCAAAUGAAGGUUUUCUCUUUAUAUUUUUGUGCCUUCAAUGUGAGCUACAGGAAAACAGAAGUCCCAGUCACCCUUCUCACACCUUAUGUUUUUUGGGGGGUCAUUUUCAACACUUUUUUUUUUGUUUUUUUUUUAACUUUUGGGCGACAAUGUUGCGUUUGUUUUUCUUUGCAAGAGGUGUCAAGCUUUGCUUCAAACCAAGCUUCCGUGCAUCUGCUUGAUUUUAAAUUUCCGGAGUAUACCGGUUAGAUCACAGCGAAGGGCUACUGUGCACAGCCGUAAAUAAUUUUUAGAGCAUUACAAUAUUUAGUUUUGUACUAUUGUGCUAAUCCCAAUUUCAUGAAUUAAUUCAGGUGAGUGUAUGAAUUGCUGAUGGAGUUGCGUAGGCCUCAUUCAGAUGGGUGUAAAUGACCUCUAGAUGUCAAAAUUGGGUGGUUUUGAGUCUCCCAGUCUUCUUAAAACAGAUCACAGUAGCGUUUCAGCGCUGCUUGAGGCCAAGGAAGUUUGUGGUUCUUCCAAUCAAAUUUUUUUUCCUCUGUUGCCAUUGAGAAAUAUCCUUCAGGAAAGUCACUUCCAUACACUGUUGUUUGCCCAGUGUGUAUUUUUAUGAGUCACUACGGGGACUGUUUUUCAGUGGUGUCUGAAUUCAAUGCAGUUAUUUACAUGAGCUUUUGAGGCGCACCCUGCUGAGAAACUGAACUGGCAUCUGACGAGCGAAAGAAAGGCAGAUUAGCAGUGUUGCAUUUAUAGCAUUAUAAAGAGCAUUUAUUUCAAAUAUAUAGAUUUUAUUUAUAUUCCUGGGCAGAUUACGCCUUUCAGAUAUGUUUUAAAAUGAUUUUGACUGGUUUUAAAGUGGAAUGCAAAGUAUGUGUGAUUCUUUUAAAUUAAAAGAAUCAUAAUUGAGCUUGUUAAUCAAGACCAGAGCAGAAAUAAAUGUCUGCAAGUAAUGUGAGAGGAUAGAUUUGUGUACUGUAUUUCCCGAAAUAGUGGCCAUCUCCACGAAUAGAUGCCAUUUCCUCAGUUAGUUGCUGAGCGGUUCCGCUACAUUAGGCAAAUGAAGGCUUCAUUCUCAAAUGUUUGUUCAUAGAUUUUAAGAGUUAACUGCUAAGCCCAUUUGACCUCUGUUGCUAACUAAUACAACAGCACCUCCUGAAGCAUACAAACUGAUGAAUUUAAGUGUGCAGACCUAACGCAAAGUAUUAAUGAUCUGUCUUAAAUAACAAUGACCAAAUAGGCAGAAUAACAUGAUCGCCCCACAAUGUUGCGUGGGUCGGUUCUGCUACGCAAGCAUCUCUGUAACUUCUUUAUGUUUUAAACUCCAGUUUAACGGGACAUGAAAUGUAAGAAGAUAUCGGUAAUAUUGUACAAAUGCACGCCUCCCAUUCUCUACAGUUGGGUAAAUAAACACCCUUGCAGCAAAUCUCUAUGAUUUGUUGAGAUUAGGGAUUGUCAUAACAAUAGGUUGAGAAUUAUGUUGAAAUAUAUAAAUUAGUGAUUAUGUUUUGAUUUCAACCAGCAGUUAUUUCAAACUUGUUACCUAGCUACACACGUAUAUAAAGGCUUUAUCUAUGGCCAAUUAACCUGUAAGGACACAUAUUACACAUUGUCAACCUCAUAAUAAUAGCAUACCGGUAAUUGCCCAUGUCAUUUUUUUAACAUUGUUGGAAAACAAAAACGACAAAUUCAACAAACGAGUCCCCUUGCCUCGAUUCCGCCUAUGAGCUGAAUGCCUGAGAUUGUACACAUACUUAAAGGAAAAAUUAUUCUUUUUAGGAAGCACAUUAUUGUUUAUUUUUUAAGAGUUAAAAAAUAGGGAAUUAAAUAGUAUGCAAAUGAUUAGAAAAUCUCACAUCACCCAUCAAACAAAAAUUGAAAACCAUGUACUAAUUUUGCUCGUCAUUAUACAUUGGGUGGCAUAGAAAUUGUAUUUUUGUAUUAUGGUGAAAUUUGUUCCGUUUUGAUAAAACGGGAGUUCAACACAUUUGGCAAUGCCCAACAAACUGCCGUAAGAGAAAAUUCCAGCAAUUAUCUGUCAGAAAGUUGGAGGUUGUCACUUCCACUGCCGUGAAAAAAAUAUUUGCCUCCUGAUUUCUUAUUUUUUAUUUUUUUUUUUUACAUAUAUAUAUAUCUCUCACAAAAAUUUCAAAUCAUCCAAAACAAUUUUAACAUCAGUCAGAGAUGACCCAAGGAAAUACAAAAUGCAGUUCUGAAAUGACAGUUAAAUUUAUUAAGGCACCAAAAAAAAAAAAAAAAAAAAAAAAAAACCUUUUCCGACCCUUAUUAAUGAUUAAAUCACAAAGUCACUGUGACUAAACACAAAUUUGGGAAAAGUGAGUUCAAUUUCACAACCCUCACCCCAACCUGAUUACCAGCAUACUUGCUUGAAUGAACUUCACAUAGAAUCUGUCAGAGAACAUGAAGUAGGCUACAAGAUCUCAAGAACCAAUGCAUCAUGUCAUGAUCCGAUCUGGAAAAGGUUACAUAGCCAUUUCCAAGGCUUUGGGGCUCCAGCAAACCACUGUCAGAGCCAUUAUCCAUAACCAAUAACCAAAACUGGAGAAAACUGAGAACAGUGGCAAACCUCCCAAGACUGGACCAACUAAAAUUACUCCAAGAGUGUGACGACGACUCAUCCAGGAGGUCACAAAACAACUUCAAACAAUAUUUAAAGGCGUGCAGACCUUGUUGGCCUCAGUUAAGGUCAUUGUUCAAUAUUCUAAAAUAAGAAAGACACUGGCCAAAAAUGGUAUCCAUGGGAAAGUUACUAGGCAAAACCCCCUGCUGUAAGCAAAUAAUACAAAGGCUCAUCUCACAUUUGCCAAAAAAAAACAUCGUGAUGAUCCUCAAGACUUUCGGAGAAACAUUCUGUGGACUGACCAGUCAAAAAUAGAAGUUUUUGGUAGGUGUGCGGCCCGUUACAUCUGUCCUAAAAAAAAAAAAAAUGGCACAGCAUUAUGAAUAUUAUGCCAACAGUUAAGCAUGGUGAUUGUCUGGAGCUACUUUGCUGCCUCAGCUCCAGGACAAUUUGCUGUGAUUGGAACAAUGAAUUCUGCUGUGUACCAGAAAAUCCUGAAGAAGAAUGUCUGGCCAUCAGUUCAUGCCCUCAAACUCAAGCGCUCUUGGAUCAUGCAGCAGGACAAUGAUCCAAAAUACACCAGCAAGUCCACCUCUGUAUGUACAGUCCCUUGUGAAAGUAUUCGGCCACCUUGAACUUUUCAAUCUUUCGCCACAUUUCAGGCUUCAAACAUAAAGAUAUAAAAUUACAAUUUUUUGUGACGAAUCAACAAGUCAUGAAGUGGAAUGAAAUUUAUUGGAUAUUUUAUACUUUUUUAACAAAUAUAAACCUGAAAGGUGGAGCGUGCAAUAUUAUUCGGCCCCCUUGCAUUAAUACUUUGUCGCGCCACCUUUUGCUCCAAUUACAGCUGCAAGUCGCUUGGGUAUGUCCCAUCAGUUUUGCACAUCGAGAGACUAAAAUUCUUGCCCAUUCUUCCUUGCAAAACAGCUCAAGCUCAGUGAGGUUGGAUGGAGAGCGUUUGUGAACAACAGUCUUCAGCCUGCCCACAGAUUCUCGAUUGGAUUUGGUUCUGGACUUUGUCUUGGCAUUCUAACACAUGGAUACGUUUAUUUGUGAAGCAUUCCAUCGUAGAUUUGGCUUUAUGUUUUGGAUCAUUGUCCUGUUGGAAAAUAAAUCUCCGUCCCAGUCUCAGGGCUUUUGCAGACUCCAACAGGUUUUCUUCCAGAAUGGUCCAGUAUUUGGCUCCAUUCAUCUUCCCAUCAAUUUGAACCAUCUUGAAGAAAAGCAGGCCCAAAACAUAAGGCUGCCACCGCCAUGUUUGACAGUGGGGAUGGUGUGUUCAGGGUGAUGAGCUGUGUUGCUUUUACACCUAACACAUCGUUUUGCAUUGUGGCCAAAAUGUUCGAUUUUGGUUUCAUCUGACCAGAGCACCUUCUUCCACACAUUUGGUGUGUCUCCUAGGUGGCUUGUGGUAAACUUUAAAUCAGAUGGCUUUCUUCUUGGCAAUCUUCCAUAAAGGCGAGAUUUGUGCAGUCGAUUGAUUGUUGUCCUACGGACAGAUUUUCCCACUUCAGCUGUAGAUCUCUGCAGUUCAUCCAGAGUGAUCAUGGCCCUCUUGGCUGCAUCUCUGAUCAGUCUUCUCCUUGUUCGAGUUGAAAGUUUAGAGGGACAGCCGGGUCUUGGUAGAUUUGCAGUGGUCUGAUACUCCUUCCAUUUCAAUAUGAUUGCUUGCACAGUGCUCCUUGAGAUGUUUAAAUCUUGGGAAAUCUUUUUGCAUCCAAAUCUGGGUUUAAACGUCUCCACAGCAGUAUCUUGGACAUGCCUGGUGUGUUCCUUGGUCUUCAUGAUGCUCUCUGCACUUUAAACAGAACCCUGAGACUAUCACAAAGCAGGUGCAUUCAUAUGGAGACUUGAUUACACACAAGUGGAUUGUAUUUAUCAUCAUCAGUCAACAUUGGAUCAUUCAGAGAUCCUCACUGAACUUCAGGAGUGAGUUGGCUGCACUGAAAGCAAAGGGCCCGAAUAAUAUUGCACGCCCCACUUUUGAGGUUUUUAUUUGUUAAAAAAAUUAUAAAAUAUCUAAUAAAUUUUGUGUCCCACUUGUUGUUGAGUUGUGACAAAAAAUGUAAUUUUAUACCUUUUUGUUUGAAGCCUGAAAUGUGGCAAAAGGUUGAAAAGUUGAAGGGGGCUGAAUACUUUCACAAGCCACAGUAUAUUGCUGCCAAGUUUGGCACAACCCAUUAUUAGCUUCAGGGGGGAAUUACUUUUCCCACAGAGGGUCAGAACGGUUUGGAUUUUUUUUUUUUUCUGGCCCAAUAAAUUCAAUUGCCAUUUGAAAACUGGAUUUUGUAUUUCAUUGGGUUGUCUCUGAGUGAUGUUGAAAUUAGUUUGAUGAUUUUAAACCUUUGUGUGUGAUACAUAUGCAAAACAAACAGAAAUCAGGAAGGUGGUGAAUACUUUUUCACGGCACUGUAAGCGUCUGGUGUCACAAUUGCUUUUGACAUAAAAGGAUGGGAGAAGUAUCUACGCCAAAUAACAUAUUUUAUUUUAAUUUGGCACAGUUUUUCCAGCACAAGUGGUGCAAAAGGGGCAAUGCUAAAAAAUGUCCGGGCCAGCCUUCUAGUUGUACUUUCCAGCUCAUCAUUCACCUUCAGAGUAGCCCCCCCCAUCAUCAACCUUCACUGGCUCCCUGGCCUGACUGUUUUUUUUUUCUCUCUAACGCUUGACAAAAAAAGAUGAAUUAUUUUUCAAUCUAUGCAGAAUUUAUUAUUUACAAAAAGGAUCAUUUGAGACUUUAUUCUUUGGCCUGUGAUUUUUUUUUUUUAAUAUAACUUGAAAAAAAAAACAAGUGUUCAAUACUUUUUUGCAAGGUAGUGUACUGGUUUUAGGUAGUACACGUUUGUGUGUAUAUUUUAUAACAAAAUAAAAAACAUCAUAAAAAAAAAAACAGGUGGCUUGUGCCAUUCUGUACCUAAAGCUGGAAGCCACUUUUUCUCAUAGGAAAAUCCUCUGAGUUUUAUUUUUUUGUUUUUUUUUUUUUAAUUGCCAAGCCAGCCAAUGUGUUCAUACACUGGUACACUUUGUAAGUACAAUGUAUACAUUGAAGCAUUGUUUUUAACCCAUUUUCUAAUUUAUUUUUCUGCCAGCCCCAGCCCUUUUUUCUGCUUGUAACAUUUGAUGAAACAGGAUGAUGUAAAUAUAUCGGGGUGGGGGCAGGGAGGGGGGGGGUUGUUCAUGAGAUUUCAUUGUAAGUAGUAAUAUUAACGAAUCCAGGGUAUGUUUUUUUUCCCCUCAAUAGGAAGAUGCUAACACUUGCAUGUUUCUAUUUAAAUGUACAGUGUACAUAUGACAUUUUUCGCUAAGGGUGAAUUUCUACUACAGGAGGACAUUUUUAUUGAAAUUGAAUAUCACUGUUAAUGUAUUUGUGAGACUUUUAUGCACAUAUUCUCUCUCGCUCUAUCUCUUUCUCUCUCUCACACACACAUUUAUCGUUUUGUCUUCAGAACUAUACAAAUAACGCCCAAGUCUGUGUACACUUCGGGGGUGGGGAACCUUUUUCUAGCGUGGGUCGAUUUGGUCAACUAAAUUUCGCAAAAAAAGAAUUAUGCACGUUUAAUAUCCAUUCAUUUUCUGUAGCGCUUAUCCUCACUGUAGGCUGACUCUGGGCCAACUGGGCGCUAGCCAAUCACAGGGCACACAAAAACAUACAACCAUUUAAACCUAUUGGCAAUUUAGUUUUCAGUCAACAGACCAUGGAUGUUUUUGGGAUGUGGGAGGAAACCUGAGUACCCGGUAAAAAAUCCGCCUGGGCACGGGGAAACAUCCAAACUUCACAUAAGUGAGGUCAGAUUUGAAUCUGGGACCUCAGAACUGAGGCAGACGUGCUAACCAGUCACCCACUGUGCCAUCACCUGUCAAAUAUUUAUUAUAAAGUGCUUUUUUUUUUUUUUUUUUUACUUGCACAACAGUCGGGGUUAAAUAGGAGGUUCCCCACCUCUGCUCCAGUCUUUUUCAUAUUUGUCUUCACUGCCAUGUUAUCAUUUUGUCUCCUGUAUUUUGUCCUCUCAUUGGCCAUCCUGCACGGGAUGCGAAUGUACAGUCUUGUCAUUCCGAGAGUAUUUCCUACUUUUUAUGAACAAUUGGUCACACAAUUCUUUGAAAGAAAAGGUAUUUCUCAACAGCUGUAGCAGUUUAUACAGUCUCUUGUAUACUUUUAAAAAGUCUCAAAUGAGCAGCCUACAAUAUGUACCAUAGUCUAAAUUGGCUUAGUUUUUAAGAUGAAAUAGAUGCUAUUAUACGAUGGAUGCAAUACAAUUCAAAGGUACUCUUGGAGUUUGAGCUUCAAAAACUUUAGGUCAUGUAAUUCAAAGAACAUUCUUGUGAAGUAUUAAUUGUGACUAAUGAGAGUCUGUCCUGAAUAUUCUUUGUAUUUUUGUCGUAUUGAGAAUAAAAUAUAUAUGAAUAUGUUUA